GUCUUUAUAAACAAAGAGAGACUAUUAAAUGGACAUAAUGCACAUUAUCAUUUUCAUCCUGAUUUCGAACUGAUCGUAUUGCCGAGACGUAGUGGAUCAAUUCACAAAAUGUUGCACGACCUUUGCGAGAUUAUGGCGAAUUCAUACUGCGCAUAUAUAUAGCUGAUCGAGGAGACGUGUACAAAUGAUAGGUUAUGUCGGACUCGUAUGACGUCAUGACAGGUGUGAUACGGACAAUGGGUUCUCAAAUAGACGAGACUUUAUAACUUAAGAUAUGGAUGUAAGCAGCAAUUACUAUCUCAACAAAUGCAAAAACAAGGAUUUUGAAAAGAAGUUUGCAAAAUGGAUGCACAUAUUCACAGAGCGGUCGAACAAAGAUACUGGAUGUCUGCACAGUUUGGACCAAAAGAAACUUAUAUCUGCGGUGACCACAAAACAAACGAAUAAGAAGUCGACAAUUAACAAGGAAACUGAAGACAGAAAACCACAAUUACGGCCUGAUUUGUAUCUCGAGUACCACAAACUACUGAACUUCUACCGAAAAUCUUCAAAGCGUUCAGCACUUGCUGGGACAUUCAGUAACCCGACCUGUGCUCCUGGUCGCAACACGAUCGUGCAUCUCUUUGAAUGGAAAUGGACAGACAUAGCAAUGGAAUGUGAGAGGUUUCUGGGACCGAAUGGCUUUUGUGGCGUCCAGAUAUCGCCACCUAAUGAAAACCGUCUCGUCAAUAACAGACCAUGGUGGGAAAGGUAUCAGCCGGUCAGCUACAAACUGCAAACACGGAGUGGCAGCGAGGAUCAACUAAGGGACAUGAUUUCCAGAUGUAACAGGGUCAACGUCAGAAUAUACUCGGAUACCGUUAUAAACCACAUGACAGGAGUCGGUGGGUCAGGGACGGGGACAGCGGGAUCACAUUGGAACGGAGACACGUUGUCAUAUCCCGGCGUUCCGUUCUCUGCCUGGGACUUCAAUACCGGAAAUGAGUGUCACAGCUCCGAUAUGAACAUCCACGACUAUAACAAUGCCGAAGAGGUUCGCAACUGUCGCCUAGUCAGUCUCGCUGAUUUAAAGCUCAGCAAGAACUACGUCCGAGAGGAAAUCGCUCAGUAUAUGAACCAUCUGAUCGACUUGGGCGUGGCUGGAUUCCGAAUAGACGCCGCAAAACAUAUGUGGCCUGGAGAUCUAAGAGUGGUAUUUGGCAAACUGCAUGAUCUAAACUCUGCGGUAUUCGGUUCGGGAAAGAAACCAUUUAUCUUCCAGGAGGUGAUUGAUAUGGGAGGUGAACCAAUUAGUGCGUCGGAAUACACAGGGAUCGGCCGAGUCACUAACUUCAUCUUUGGUGUUAAACUAGGACAAGUCUUCCGGAAUGAAAACAAGGCGGGUUAUCUUCACAACUGGGGCGAGGCUUGGGGCAUGCCUAAUUCGAAUGACGUCGUGGUGUUUAUUGAUAACCAUGACAACCAGCGAGGACAUGGAGGAGGAGGUGGUCCUUUGACCCACUUCGAACCACGCCCCUACAAACUCGCCACAGCCUUCAUGUUGGCACAUCCAUACGGCUUUACCCGCUUAAUGAGUAGCUACAACUUCGACAGGUCAAAUACUGAUCAGGGUCCACCUCAUAAUGGCGACAACAUCAAAGACGUCACUAUUAACGCUGACCUCACGUGCGGUAACGGAUGGACGUGUGAACAUCGGUGGAGAGAAAUCUACAAUAUGGUAGCGUUCAGGAACAUAGUAAUGGGACAGAAUCUACAACACUGGUGGGACAAUGGUAACUACCAGAUCGCCUUUGGUAGGGGAAACAAAGGAUUCAUCGCUAUGAACAUGGACAACCACAACCUCGACCAAACACUGCAGACUGGCCUUCCCGCGGGAACUUAUUGUGACGUCAUUUCCGGUAGCUAUGAUGGUUCUAGUUGUUCUGGGACCGAGAUCCAGGUCGGAAAUGAUGGAAAUGCACAUUUCAGCAUCAGCAACAGUAGCGAUGACCCUAUGAUCGCUAUUCAUGUUGGCGCGAAGAAAGGUCAACCAAAGAAGGUUACGACGUGACCUCACCCCAGUAGCCUUACCAUCGACAUAGACGUCACUGUCGUCGCCAUCUUUAUUGUGCAGCUGCUCAUACGUACAACAUUAAAUCAUCAUUUGAGAUUAUAUAUUUGUGAAAUAAAUUGUUUUGUAUUGUU